AUGUCUCUUAAAGCGUUUUCUGAUUUCAAAUUGGCAUCCGAGUUGAACACUUGGGGUGAAUUAGAAGAAUUAUACAAAACCAAGGGGAAGAAUCUUUCGGUUAAGGAAGAAUUCCAGACCGACCCAAAACGUUUUGAAAAACUCAGCAAGACUUUUGUCAACUACGAUGGUGAAUCCAAUGUGUUUUUCGAUUUCUCCAAGAACUUGAUCGAUGAUGAGAUUCUUGCUACCCUUAUCAAAUUGGCUAAAGAAGCCAAGGUUGAGGAAUUGAGAGACAGCUUGUUCAAAGGUGAACACAUUAACAACACUGAAGACCGUGCUGUCUACCACGUUGCCUUGAGAAACCGUUCCAACAAGCCAAUGUGCGUUGACGGUGUCAAUGUCGCCCCAGAAGUUGACUCGGUGUUGGAACACAUGAAGGAAUUUUCUGAAGCCGUCAGAUCUGGUGAAUGGAAAGGUUACACUGGUAAGAAGAUCACCGACGUUGUUAACAUUGGUAUUGGUGGCUCUGAUUUGGGUCCAGUCAUGGUCACUGAAGCUUUGAAGUCUUAUGCUUCACCAGACUUGAAGGUCCACUUUGUUUCCAACAUUGAUGGUACCCAUUUGUCCGAAGCCUUGAAGCCAUUGGACGCCGAAACUACUUUGUUCUUGAUCGCCUCUAAGACUUUCACCACUGCGGAAACCAUCACCAAUGCCAAUUCUGCUAAGGCCUGGUUCUUGAAGCAGGCUAAAGAGGAAGCUCACAUUGCUAAGCAUUUCGCUGCUUUGUCCACCAACGCCACCGAAGUUGCCAAGUUUGGUAUUGACACCAAAAACAUGUUUGGUUUUGAAAGCUGGGUUGGUGGUAGAUACUCUGUGUGGUCUGCCAUUGGUUUGUCCGUCGCCAUUUACAUUGGGUACGACAACUUUGACAAGUUCUUGAAGGGUGCCGAAGCCUUUGACAAGCACUUUGUCGAAACUCCAAUCGAGGACAACAUUGCCUUCAUUGGGGGUUUGUUGACCAUCUGGUACAACAACUUUUUCGGUGCUGAAACCCACUUGGUUGCUCCAUUCGACCAAUACUUGCACAGAUUUGCCGCUUACUUACAACAAUUAUCCAUGGAAUCUAAUGGUAAGUCCGUCACCAGAGGUAACGUCUUCACCAACUACCAAACUGGUACCAUCUUGUUUGGUGAACCAGCCACUAACGCCCAACACUCUUUCUUCCAAUUGGUCCACCAAGGUACCAAGUUGAUCCCAGCCGAUUUCAUCUUGGCUGCCAGAUCCCACAACCCAACCAACAACAACAUCCACCAAAAGAUGUUGGCUUCCAACUUCUUUGCCCAAGCUGAAGCUUUGAUGUUGGGUAAGACCGAAGAACAAGUGAAGGCCGAAGGUAACACUGGUGAUUUGGUUCCUCACAAGAUCUUCCAAGGUAACAGACCAACCACCUCAAUUUUGGCCAAGGAAAUCGACCCACAAACCUUAGGUGCUUUAAUUGCUUACUACGAACACGUCACUUUCGUUGAAGGUGCUAUCUGGAACGUCAACUCCUACGAUCAAUGGGGUGUUGAAUUGGGUAAAGUGUUGGCCAAGGCUAUUGGUAAGGAAUUGGAAGAUGGUGAAAAGAUUGAUUCCCACGAUCCAUCUACCUCUGGUUUGAUCAACCAAUUCAAGUCCUGGAGUGGUAUCUACUAA